AUGCGUACAGAUGAGUCAAGACUUAUUAAUGAGCUGAUAGAGUUUGUUGCAACCACUGUCCUAGGCUUUAAGAAUUUUCCUAAAGAAGAUGAGCAAAGACUCAUUGAUCGUCUACAUUGUCAAUAUUGUGACCACUUUAGAUCUUUUUUAGGAUUGUUGGACGGUAAAGAGCAUAAUACGUUGUUUUUAUUUCUUUUUGAAGAGUUGGAUAGAAUAAUAGUAGCUAAGGACAUUGGUGAAGAGGUAUUAUAUAGUGACAGUUUGGCAAACGAGAAGUACUCUACACUGCUAGUUAUGAAGUCUGGAAAUGGCAUUGUGGACUCAGAGUCGAUUAAAAGCCGAAUAAGCGUUAUAUACUUGCCAGGUCCCGUGAAUACAGGAUACUUGGCUUCAAUUAUUACGAAUGGUAUUUCAUCUGUAUUUGGUCAACUGGUAAAGUCAGAUAAAAAGUCUUAUUCUGCCGACUCCAUAGAUAAAACGAGAAGAAAACUUGAUGACAUUUCCAAGCAAUUUCAACAGUUGCAUAAUUCAAUAGAAACACCAGAUCUUUUGGUAAUGGUUCCCAAUAAUGUCAAAUUGGCUGUGUCAGAAGGGGCUACUUCACAUGAUUUUGUUAAUUACCUCCCUAGCGAUGAUUUGGAAAGUAUGAAAUUCUUAAAUUCUUUACAAAGCGUUGCGAACAAAUGGUUUUUGGCUCUCAAACAAACGGUAGCUAUUGAUAGAGAUAUAAAAGAUGGAUCUGUUUUGAAUGAAGUAGAAUUCUGGUCUAGUUUUCAUGAAGUGUUGAAGUCACUUAUCCAACAAACGCAAAAUCAAGAAUUUCAAGUAUGUUUAGCUAUUCUAACAAAUGCAAAAAGAUUUCAUAAUUUAACAAAUUUGUUGAAUGAAGGCUUACUUUCAGAUAAAUUUAAGCUAGCCGAUAAAUAUGAUCAAUUCCUAUCCUCAAUUCCUAUCAACGAAGUUCAUCAAUCAAGGGGUCUUGAUCACCUACAUGAACUUUUCAAUACCUUAGUAUCAUCCUUGAAAAGGUUCAGGUAUUCGGGUUAUCCAGUUCAAAGAUUUGUUGUGCUGAUGGACAAAAUCUCAUAUGAAGUCAUGGAUGCGAUAUUGAAUUGUCUUUCAAAUUUGUUUAAAUUAGACUAUAGCACUUUUUUAGCGCUACAUGAAAAGUCAAUUCAUAUUAUAGAUGAAUGGGACAAUAUCCUUCAAGACAUUAACCUUUUGAUAAGAGAAGAUCUCAGAAAAAAAGCACCGCAGGAAUUGUUAUCUCAAAAGCUGACAUUUACAAGUGAAUCUUCCAAGGCAACUUUGGAUGAAAUUUUAAACACACGUAAUCGAUUUAUUUCAUUAGCACAAACACUUAAGGAUAUAUCCCCUUCUACUUAUCAUGAAGAAAUUCAGAGGUUGUAUAGUCCCUUCGAGAAGAUUGAUGAUAUUUCCGUGGAUCUUCGAUUAAGGUUAAAGCAAGCCGAAAGUGAAUUCAGUAAAAGCAUGUUCGAUUUAGAAACAAAGUUACAAAAUUUGCUUGCACACGUGAUUGACUCUGAACGCUGUCCAACUGAGAAAUUAAGUUAUUUAGUGAAGUUUAAGCCAUUAAUGAAACUCUGUCCUCGAAUAAAAGUGAAAGUAUUAGAGAAUCAGCAGAUGCUUCUUCUUGAGAUAAAAAAAGAUAUAGGGCAAUUAGAAACUGGUUUGGAUGCUUUGCCUAAGAUCCUUCAUCUGGAAACCUUGAGUAAUAUUUCUCCCACAUCUGCAAAAAUUUCGUACUUCGUUAAAGUUCAAUCCCGUAUUGAUGAUAUAGUCCAGUAUCUAGAAACUCUUUUUGGAUCUAACUGGAACGAUACACUUGAGGGCCGUUCAAUAUCUACUUUAGUGCAGAAACUAAGAAAGGAAACAAAUCCUCAGGACGUGUUUAUUCAGUGGCUACGCAACUUUCCUGAAAAAGCAACAACAAAUCUUCUAGUGACACCUAUUUUAAAACUUAUAAGUAAUAAUGAGGAUGGCUAUGAAUUAAAAGUCAACUUCGAUUUUGCAUUGGCAGCUGCUUACACAGAGUUGAGGAGCUUAACAUAUAUGGAAUUUCAAGUUCCCAGCAACGUAGUGCGUGUUGCAAGAACUUACAUGUGUUUGUAUCCACGAGCUAUCAACUUAAUUGAACUAGUACAAACAUUUUUUUCACUUUGCCAAUCACUUUCCAACACCUUUUAUAUAAAUAUUUUCUUGAAAAAUAAGAUACAAAACGUAUGGACAUUAUUGCAACAAAUACUAGUGACAUCGUGGGAAUCGUUACUAGUGGCAAAUUCGAAGAUACCUUGUUCGCCACACAGUCUAUUAGAAUUAGAAAAUUCGAUUGAUGACCUCAUAUAUGCUUACCAAAUACUGGAAAGUUUAGAAACUGAGUUUGCUAAAGAGUUCUUUGUUUUGAACUCUUUUGAUGGUACUGUUGACGAACUGCACAAAGUGGAUCGAACAUUGCACAAUAUUCAGGCUAUUUUUGAAAGUCUUUCUGCUAAAGGUUUUUCUAACGUUAGUAACCAUAUUUCCAAGUUUAAUGAUUUAAUUAUUAGCAUACUUUUGGAGAAAGUGGGUUCAAAUUUAAAAAAGCUUCAUUUUCCAAAGCAUAUAUUAAAGAUUGAUAUACAUGAGGGUGAAAUUGUACUAUUUCCAGCCUUGGCUGAUAUAAAAGGUACUUUACUGAAAGAUAUCGAAGCUCUUUUGAAUAAAGCUGCUUUGAUCAAGUUAUUACAUGGGCCAGACGACCCUCCUUUAGUCACAUUAGAUUUCAAUUCAAUUGUGACCAAACUGAAAGAUAAUAUACUGAUUUCUGUGGAACAGAUUCAAAUCUUGCACUGCAAAAUUACUAAUUAUAUCAAAGAAUGGCAGAGGAUGGAAUUUCUUUGGCAAAUUACCGAGGAAGCAUUUUUAGAAACAGCAGGUAAUAGCACUCAAAAAUGUUUCGAAAUUUUAAAAGGAUUUAUGGAUUCCCGGUUAAAUUUCAAUUUAAUUCUGAACAGUAAUAAUUUUUCAAAGAAUUUUGUUCUUGAAACACAAGAUGCACACAGUCAUAUCCGCUCGAGAAUGGAUUUUUGGGUCUCAUAUAUCAGUAGGCACCUUUUGUCAGCAUAUGACCGCGAUGCCAGGGAAUUGCAUGAGAGUAUGAACAAAGAGAGAGAAACCCUUGAGAAUAUGGAUGUGAAUUUCACUUCUGUGGAGAAUGCGACCAUGAUAAUUGAAGCUGUCAACGUGAAUAAAGGGCACCUUGCUGAACGAGAAACCCAAAUAAAGCUAUUGGGGUCAGUUAUAAAGCUACUUAGAAGGCUUAAGGUGAAAUUUUCGUCACACUUUGUCUACAUAGAACAACUUGAUACCGAUUUUUGUUCAUUGAGAGAGUGUUUAUGCUAUGUUGAACAAGAGGUGCAAAAUCACCGCGUAGUCAUAGCGCAAAAGUUAGAGCAAGAAGUUAAAAAUAUAAAUGAUCUGUCGCAAUCCUUGAAUGAAAGUUGGUCAGUCAGGAAACCAGUCUCGCCAACAUUAACUCCACCUGAAGCACUUAAAAUUUUGGAGUCAUUUAGUGAUUCAGUCAUUAAAUUAAAGAAAAAAAUUGAUUCUAUUUCAAACGCUGCAAAGAUGCUAUUGAUUCCUAUCGUUUUGAAUGAUCAGCUAGCACAUAUUGCUGAAGAUGUUAAACAAUAUGAGAUAGUCUGGAGCAGCAUUAAAAAUCUUUGGGAAGAUGUGCAAAGGUCUUUUGGAAUGCCGUGGUGCAGAGUACACGUAUCCGAACUUCAAUCUGAUCUAGAAGUUUUUCUUCAAAGGGCAAAUGAACUUCCGAGAGCUGUCAAAAAGUUUGAAAUCUAUAAGUCGCUAUUUUCACAGGUCAACAUGCUUAAUUCCCAAAAUAAAAUUCUGCUUGAUUUGAAGGACGCUGCCUUAAAGCCAAGGCAUUGGAACAUGAUAUUCCGCGAUAUCGGUAAAAGGCAAGUGCAGAAAAAUGUAGUUGAUAAAUUGGAGUUUUCUCUCAAAGAUAUUAUGGUCCUCAAUUUGACCCUAAAUGAGGUACUACUUACGAAAAUUAUAGAGAGAGCACAAAAGGAGUUUGUCAUAGAAAAAUCUCUGGAUAGAAUUAAAGCGUUUUGGAGGGAAGCCCAGUAUGAAGUCACAGAGCAUUCAAGUGGACUCAAGCUUGUGGGUGAAUGGGAUGUGCUAGAGCAAGCUUGUAAAGAAGAUUUAGAGGAGCUAGUCUCCAUGAAAGCUUCGAACUAUUAUAAAAUUUUCGAACAAGACUGUUUGGAUUUGGAAUCUAAACUCACAAAAUUAUCUGAAAUUCAAGUAAAUUGGGUUGAGGCUCAAUUUUACUGGUUGGAUCUGUAUGGAAUUCUUGGUGAGAAUCUGGACAUUCAAAACUUCUUACCUCUUGAAACUUCGAAAUUUAAAAGUUUGACGAGUGAGUAUAAAAUGAUAACUACAAGAGCGUUUCAACUCGACACAUCAAUUGAAGUAAUACAUAUUACAAACUUCGACACGACGUUAGAAUUGAUGAUAGAAUCUUUCAAGAUGAUUAAAUCGUCGCUAUCAAUCUUUUUAGAGCAGCAAAGAAGGCAAUUCCCGAGGUUCUACUUUCUGGGCAAUGACGAUCUUUUGAAAAUUAUAGGAUCUGGAAAACGUUACGAUCAUGUUUCAAAAUUUAUGAAGAAAAUGUUUGGAAGUAUCGAGUCUAUAAUAUUCUUUGACGAUUGCAUAACCGGUGUAAGAUCAGUGGAGGGUGAGGUAUUAAAUUUAAAUGAAAGAAUCAAUCUACAGAAUUCAGUUCAAGCCCAAGAGUGGUUAAAUAUUUUGGAUACGGAAAUUAAGCUAAGCGUGUUUACUCAGUUCAGAGAGUGUUUGCGCCAAAUUAAAGAUGGAACCGAUAUGGAAGUUGUUAUACGUAAAUAUAUCUUUCAAGCUGUUCUUCUUGCAGCUCAAGUAACGUGGACAGGUAAUGUGGAAAAAUGUGUUCAAACUGGUCAGUUAUCCAAAUACUGGGAGGAAACCAAUGAAAAAAUCAGAAAAUUGUUGGAUCUUUCGAAAAAAUCUCCUUAUGAUACAAAAAGAAAAAUCGAAGCUUUACUUGUUGAGUACCUACAUUUUCGUAAUGUUAUAGGACAGCUAAAAAACUGUUCUUCUGAAAGAAAAUCGAAGCUUUUAUGGGCGAACGUUCAAAAGUUUUAUCGAAAGGAGAAUACUUCGGAUGAUCUCGACUCUGUUUUUAUUUCCCAAAGUAGCUACACGUUGCAGUACAAGUUUGAGUAUAUAGGUAUUCCGGAAAGAUUGAUCUAUACACCGUUACUGCUUAUCGGUUUUGCAGCACUAACAGAUUCGCUGCAUCAAAAAUUUGGCGGGUGCUUCUUUGGUCCUGCUGGAACUGGUAAAACAGAGACUGUGAAAGCGUUUGGUCAGAAUCUUGGCCGUGUGGUUGUAGUUUUUAACUGUGAUGAUUCAUUCGACUAUCAGAUUAUCUCUAGGUUACUUGUGGGUAUCACGCAAAUUGGAGCGUGGGGAUGUUUUGACGAAUUUAAUAGGCUUGAUGAGAAAGUAUUAAGUGCGGUAUCUGCCAAUAUUCAAGAAAUACAGAGUGGUCUCCAAGGCGGAAAGUCACAUAUUACACUUUUAGGAGAGGAAGCUCCCUUGAACUCACACACGGCGGUCUUUAUCACUUUGAAUCCUGGAUAUAAUGGGAGGUCUGAGUUACCGGAAAAUUUGAGGAAGAGUUUUCGAGAAUUCUCUAUGAAAUCUCCGCAAAGUGGUAUUAUUGCAGAGAUGAUUUUACAGAUUUUGGGUUUCGUGGAUGCGAAAACUUUGGCUUCGAAAAUCGUUCAUUUUUUAGCUGUUUUAUCUUCAAAGUGCAGUUCAAUGAAACAUUAUCACUUUGGUUUGAGAACGCUAAAGAGUGUGCUGAGAAAUUGCAGCCCUUUAAUCAACGAGUUUGGGACACAGGAAAAAACAGUGGUAGAGAGCUUGAAAAGAGUUGUUUUACCAUCAUUGGGAGACAAUGAUGAAUCGAUAUUCAAAGAGGAAUUAUCUAAGGUAUUUGGUUCUGUUGGAAUACCGCUGGACUCGGAAUCUAUCAUUCAAUGUUUAAAGGAUGCUAGCCAAAGAAACGGCUUUUCGGUUUCUAAGGAAUUUCUUAAAAAAUGCUUGCAAUUUUAUUAUAUGCAACAAACUCAACAGGCUUUGAUUCUUGUGGGUGAGGCGGGCUGUGGCAAAACUGCAACGUGGAAAACUGCGAUUGAUGCCAUGGCCAUAUCCGAUGGUCAUGCUAAUAUUGUGCACGUCAUUGAUACGAAGGUUCUUACAAAGGAAACGUUAUAUGGAUAUAUGCUUAAAGCAACCUUAGAGUGGAGAGAUGGACUUUUCACUUCAAUUCUAAGAAAGGUGAACGAUGACCUUGCGGGGACCUUUAAGAAUUCGAGAAUUUGGAUUGUAUUUGAUAGCGAUUUGGAUCCGGAAUAUGUGGAAGCCAUGAACUCUGUUCUUGAUGAUAACAAAAUCUUGACGCUUCCAAAUGGUGAAAGACUUUCUAUCCCACCGAACCUCCGUAUUGUAUUCGAAACAAAUAACCUAGACCAUACUACACCUGCAACUAUAACUAGAUGUGGCUUGUUAUGGUUUUCAACUGAUGUGUGUUCGAUAUUCUCUAAGAUUAGUUGCCUAUUCGAUAAAAGUUAUGAAGCACUUGAUAGUAAACUACCCAUGCUUGGACUUGAGAAAGUGAGGAAUAUAAUAUCUAAUUCUUUCGAUAGGACUUUUUUAACCAAUUCUUUUACUUGUGCAAAUGAUUUGGAUCACAUUAUGGGAAUUCGGACUUUUAAUAAGUUAGAAACCUCAGUACAGUUAAUUAUUCAUUGGAUUUCGACUUAUAAGCAGUGGCUUCGAAACAUGAACAACGAGAGCUUAGAAAAUGUUAUUAUUUUACUGGUUAAGAUGUCAUUGUUAUAUGCACUAGCUGGUGAUUCCACCAGUAAAUCGCAGACUGCUUUUAUACAGGCCAUAAACAUUCAUUUUGGAGAUGAUAGCGAAGAACUAUCAGAAUAUUCUAGCAUAGUUAUUGCAAACGACAGGUUGAAUUUUAUUUCUUCUCCAGAGAUUCCUUCCGUCUCUUUAGAAGCACAUGACGUAAUGAGGCCUGAUAUUAUCAUCCCUACAAUUGACACGAUUAAGCAUGAACAAGUGUUUUAUGACCUGCUAAAUUCAGAAAGAGCAAUUAUCCUCUGUGGGCCACCUGGAUCUGGUAAAACAAUGAUUAUGAAUAGUGCCCUCCAGCACUCUUCACGCUACGAUGUUGUUGGAAUAAAUUUUUCUAAAGACACCACCAUUGAGCAUAUUCUGUCAGCCUUACAUAGGCAUACGAGUUAUGUAACCACAUCAAAAGGCCUUACUUUACUUCCAAAAUCAGAUGUCAAAGAAUUGGUGUUAUUUUGUGACGAGAUCAAUUUGCCAAAACUAGACAAUUAUGGUUCUCAAAGUGUCAUCUUAUUUUUAAGACAGCUGAUAGAAAAGAAAGGAUUUUGGAAAACGCCAGAAAAUAAAUGGGUGACAACUGAGAGAAUACACAUCGUUGGUGCUUGUAAUCCCUCUACCGACCCAGGAAGAAUACCUAUGUCGGAAAGGUUUACUCGACAUGCUGCCAUCCUUUACUUUGGUUAUCCUAGUGAGAAAUCACUUUCCCAAAUUUAUGGAACUUACUACAAAGCUAUUUUCAAGCUAGUACCUGAGUUCAGAUCAUAUUCCGAGCUCUUCGCCUGUGCUUCUGUUCAUUUAUAUAAUGAAUGCAAAACUAGCUACACUACUGAUCAUCAACCUCACUAUCUUUUCUCACCAAGAGAGUUAACACGUUUGGUUAGAGGUGUUUACGCAGCAAUUAAUAACGGGCCAAAACAAUCACUGAGAUCAUUAAUACGGUUAUGGGCCUAUGAGGCUUGGAGAAUAUUCGCAGAUAGGCUAGUUGAGGUGAAGGAAAAGGAUAGUUUUGAACAACUUCUUUAUAAAAUAGUUGCUGAAUACUUUCCUACUCAGAAUUUGGGAAAUAUGAGUUCAACUUCUAUUCUCUUUUCGGGUUUACUAAGUCUUGAUUUCAAAGAAGUCAAUAAAAUAGAUCUUGUAAACUUUAUAGAAGAAAGGUUCAAAAUAUUCUGCGAUGAGGAACUAGAAGUGCCAAUGGUUAUACACGAGUCUAUGAUUGACCACAUGUUGCGUAUUGAUCGUGCGUUGAAACAAGUUCAAGGACAUAUGAUGCUUAUUGGUGCCAGUAGAACAGGUAAAACUAUCCUUGCGAGGUUUGUUGCAUGGUUGAAUGGUUUGAAAGUUGUUCAACCUAAGAUCCAUUGUCAUUCUAAGCUCAGUGACUUUGAUGUUAUUCUAAAGGAGGCCAUUUCAGACUGCUCACUUAAGGAAACUCGUACUUGUUUAAUUAUUGAUGAAUCUAAUAUACUAGAGACGGCGUUCUUGGAAAGGAUGAAUACGUUACUUGCAAACGCUGAUAUACCAGAUUUGUUUCAAGGUGAGGAAUAUGACAAGCUUUUGAAUAACUUGAGAAAUAAAACAAGGUCUCUUGGUCUUUUAUUGGAUACGGAACAAGAAUUGUAUAACUGGUUUGUUAGAGAAGUUGCUAAAAACCUUCACGUUGUUUUUACGAUUUGCGAUCCUACGAACAACAAGUCUUCAGCGAUGAUAAGUUCACCGGCUCUUUUUAAUCGCUGCAUAAUUAACUGGAUGGGUGAUUGGGAUGUGAAUACGAUGUGUCAAGUGGCUAGCAAUAUUAUGGACCAAAUUCCUAUGGAAUUUACAGACUUUGAGAUGCCGAAAGUUAAUGAACAGCUGGUGUUUACAGAUUCGAUUCAGACUAUAAGAGAUGCCGUUAUUAACAUUUUGAUAAAUUUUGAUGGGAAAUUUCAUGAGAAUAUCAAUAUUGGGGUAUAUCCAAGGUCACCUGGAUUUUUUCUAGAUGUUUUACAUGCCUUAGAGAAUCUGGUUAUAGCAAGAUAUCAAGAUUUACAGGCGAACCAAAGAUUUGUCAACGUGGGCCUCGAGAAACUGAACGAGUCUGUCUUGAAGGUUAAUGAACUAAAUAAAACUUUGUUGAACAAGAAUAUCGAACUUACCGAAAAGGAAAGGGAAGCCCGGAGCACAUUGGAUAGCAUGCUUAUGGAACAAAAUGAGUCAGAAAGAAAACAGGAGGCUACGGAGGAAAUUAAGAAGAUAUUAAAAGUCCAAGAAGAAGAUAUAAGGAAAAGAAAGGAAGUUGUCAUGAAAAGUAUUCAAGAUAUUGAACCUACGAUCCUCGAGGCACAAAGGGGUGUAAAGAAUAUAAAAAAGCAGCAAUUGACAGAAAUCAGAUCAAUGUUAAACCCUCCGUUUGGUGUGAAAAUCGUGAUGGAGGCUGUUUGUGCUAUUCUUGGUUACCAGUUUUCCAAUUGGAGGGAUAUCCAGCAAUUCAUCAGAAAAGAUGACUUUAUUCAUAACAUAGUGCAAUAUGAUACUCUUCAUAUGAAGUCCCAUAUUCGAAUUUAUAUGGAGAAGGAAUUCCUUUCAGAUCCUAAAUUCACUUAUGAUAUAGUGAAUAGGGCUAGUAAGGCAUGUGGGCCAUUAUAUCAAUGGGUCAAUGCCCAAAUCAACUUUAGUAAAGUUUUGCAUAACAUAAAUCCGCUGAGAGAAGAAAUGAAAAAAAUAGAAUUUGAAUCGCUAAAGACAAAAGCUAAUUUGCUUGCAGCUGAGGAAAUGACACAAGAUUUAGAAGCCAGUAUUGAAAUAUCGAAGCAAAAAUAUAGCUUGCUAAUCAGAGAUGUUGAAUCCAUCAAGGCGGAGAUGAGUAUUGUGCAGGCCAAUCUUGAUAGGUCAAUAUCUUUGGUUAAAAGUUUGACUUUUGAAAAAGAACGGUGGCUGAAUAGCACAAAACAAUUCAGAACGACAAGUCAAGAGCUGAUUGGAAAUUGUAUAAUUUCAUCCGUUUUUGAAACAUACUUCGGACAUUUGAAUGAAAAGGAAAGGAGUGACAUGUUAAGCACUUUAAAGCUUUUAUUGGAUAAAUUUGGCGUCAAGUAUGAUUUAAAUUAUCGUUUCGUGGAUUAUCUGGUAACAUUAGAUGAAAAAAUGAAGUGGAUUGAAUGUGGGUUAAACAAAAACGAAUAUUUUUUGGAAAAUAUGAGUAUUAUCAUGAACUCAAAAGAAGCAGUUCCAUUUCUUUUGGAUCCAAGCUCUCACAUGGUAACAGUUAUAUCAAACUAUUAUGGUAAUAAAACUUUAGUUCUAAGUUUUCUUGAAGAAGGUUAUGUUAAAAGAUUAGAGAAUGCAAUUAGAUUUGGAAGUGUGGUUAUAAUACAGGAUGGAGAGUAUUUUGAUCCAAUCAUAUCGAGAUUAAUUUCUAAAGAGUUUAAUCGUGCCGGAAGCAGAGUUACUGUGGAGAUUGGUGAUCAUGAAGUAGAUGUUUCUAGCGAUUUUAGAUUAUUUAUCCAUUCUUGUGAUCCAAGUGGCAAAAUUCCGAUAUUUCUCAGAUCUAGGGUAAGGUUAAUUGAUUUUGUUACAAACAAGGAAAGUAUUGAAGCACGAGUCUUUGAGAUCACAUUAACAGAAGAGAAUGCGGAGAUGCAAAGGCAAAGGGAAGACUUGAUAAAAUUAAAUACCGAGUAUAAGUUGAGGUUGAAGAAUCUGGAAAAGCAACUUUUGAAUGAACUGAGUAAAUCACAGGGAAAUAUGCUAGAAAAUGAUGAGUUGAUGAUAACUUUGAACCGCUUAAAAAAGGAGGCUACUAAAAUUGAAAAAAAGCUAAGUGAAUCUGAAGAAUUUCUGCCCCAAUUUGAUAAACUGGUGGAAGAGUACUCUAUUAUAGGUAAACAUAGCGUCCAAUUAUUCUCUAUGUUAGAGAAAUUUGCUCAGUUUCAUUGGUUUUACAGCAUUUCCAUAGCGCAGUUCCUAUCAUGUUUUAAACGUGUUAUUGGUAAGAAGGCCACAAAGACAAGGCCAGGUAUGACAAGAGUGGAUGAAAUUCUUUGGAUACUAUAUCAGGAAGUAUAUAGUCAGUUUUCUACCAGCCUUGACAAGAAAUGUAAAAUGAUCAUGGCUAUGGCAAUGUUUUGCUUGUACAAAUUCGAUACUGAAAAUGAACAUUAUAAGAAAGCAAUUCAAGUGAUGGUCGACAUGCUCUCUGAGAACGAAAGUGGAUCAGAAACCCUCAAUGUAGAUACUAAUGGAAAUUUGAAACAGUUACUGGAUCACAUCACCACUAAAUCGUAUAUAUCUGCAUUGAAUUGGUUUAAGAAUGAGCUUUUCGUCGAUGAGUGGAAUAUUGCGGAUGUGGUGAGGAAUUCUGAGAAUAACUUUUUUACAAUGGCAAGUGAGCGAGAUGUCGAUGGCUCAUUUAAACUAGUGGACUUAGCAAAGGUUUCUAAUGAAUCUUUAACAAUAAUUCCCUUAGGGUCUAUUGAAAAUCUCAACUAUGCACAAGAGGAAAUAUCAAGAUGUAAGGUAGAAGGCGGCUGGAUACUUUUACAAAACAUUCAAAUGUCGCUGUCUUGGGUAAAAACGUAUUUGCACAAGCGUAUUGAGGAGACGCAGGUCCCGGAGGAGGUGGUCAAAUUCAAGUUGUUUAUGGCAUGCCAUUUAACCGGUGAAAGAUUACCUCCCCCAUUACUACAAAAAACGGAUAGAUUUGUAUACGAGGAGAUUCCAGGCAUAUUGGAUACCGUCAAGGAACUAUGGGGAUCUCAUAUUUCCACCGAUCCAUCUGGUGGAGUAUGGGGCAUAUAUUGUAGGUUCCUUUUAGCAUGGUUCCAUGCUUUACUUACUGCUAGGACCCGAUUAGUGCCUCAUGGGUUUUCCAAGAAAUACUACUUCAACGAUUGUGACUUUCAAUUUGCGUCAGUCUAUUUAGAGAAUGUACUAGCCAUCAAUUCCACUAACAACAUUCCCUGGGCACAAGUGCAAGACCACAUAGCUACGAUCGUAUACGGAGGGAAGAUUGAUGAAGAGAACGACCUGGAAGUAGUCGCGAAACUUUGUGCGCACGUGUUCUGCGGCUCGGACAACUUGCAGAUCGUUCCUGGGGUACGAAUCCCACAGCCUCUUCUUCAACAAAGUAAAGAUGAGGAACGGGCAAGGCUCACCACAAUACUGUGUAAUACGAUGGAGCCUGCAGAUUCACUCAGUUCAUGGCUUCAAUUGCCAAGGGAAUCUAUUCUGGAUUACGAACGUAUCCAGGCUAUGGAAGUGGCUAGCUCAACUAAGCAGCUUCUUCAAGAAAUAUAG